UUGAAUGUUAUCCAUAAAAUAGUUCUAGUUUCGUCUCGUGUCUUAGUUCCUGUGUGUUUUUAUGACAUGAGCCAUGAUGAUAUGUGCUAUUUGGUUAUCAUGAACUAAAUGACUGCUUUUGUCAUUUGUCAUUGACUUCCAGUUAUGGGAAUGUGUUUACUUUUAUAUUAACUGGCACAAACUCUGAGGCCUUUUACAGCUAAAUCUGUAAAUGCUGCUAAUAUGAUUUUAUUAAAGACUAUCAAUCAAUCUCUGACUUUCCAUUAGAUGAUUCUCAAGGCUGAGUUCACAUUCAGCUUCCAGAAGCUGCCGCAAGCCGGGUGACAUGCGCAGUCCGGUCACAAAACAUCACCACGGCAACCAUCUUUCACAGCAAGUCCCCGGCAGCAUCAGUAGCGUGCGAUCACCUCCACUUGGCCACAGAGCAGAGACAUCCGCACAGUGCAGUCAUGGUGAAGCUGGGCACGAGUCUGUCUGAUAAAAUGGAGAAGCAGAUGACCGCUGCAGAUGAUGGCUUUGAUAACAUCCCCCUCAUCACACCCCUGGAGGUCAGCCAGCUGCAGCGGUCUUUUGCAGACAAGGUUAUUGUGAAGACGUCCACUCAUUACCAGUUGCAGAAGAAGAAGUUGUUUAUGCCCAGCAUUGAGAAGCUAAACAUCAACUUGUACAAAGAUGUCUCUGACAGAGCCAAGAUCACAGGUCUAAUCCUCAUCAUGUUGGCCUUCCUAACCAGCCUCUUCCUCCUGCUCAUGUACAAAGCCAUGUGGUACAACCGUCUUACCUGCCCAGAGGGUUUCAUCCUUCAGCAAAGGCAUUGCUCUCCAGCCGCUCUGGAGCCGUUCUCCAGCGAGCAGCAGAAUCCCGCAGACAUCCCAGGCAGCGCUAACUCUGGGCUGUAUGCAGCCCUCAGCCGCAUCAACCAGGUCAAGAGGACAGCGCCUGAGAUGCCAUCGCCGUGGUUGCCGGUCAUCAGAGUUCUGAAGGAGACUGACACCGCUAAACAUGACAGCCAGCGAGUCAAAGGUGAACUGAGGGGAGAUGAGUGAAUGUUAGUGUGCUUCUUUUCCUCACUGGGCAGUCAGUGGUGCUUCAGUAAUCAAAUUGUGUGUGUGUGUGCAGGCGCGUUUGCGCAUAUUAGAGGUUGCGGUCAGAGGCAAGAAUGUUAUUAAAAUGUUUGAAAAUGUCACUUGCAGUUUUACUGAGCUGUGACUAAACUAAUUCUAAGUGUGUUUUCCCUUAUGCACUGUACACCACACUAUGCAUACAUAUUUGUGGUGUAUGUUCUCAUGGUGGAAGAUGACAUUUUAAUGAGAAGUGCUUGUUGUCAACAUUUGCUGUUGCGGGACAAUUUUGAAAUUGUGCUAUCAUUAUGAAAGUUGUUUUCUUAAAUAAGACAUGUUUGCGUGUCGAAACUGAUUAUGUCAUGUCCCAUACAAGAAUAAAAGUCGUUUUAUUAAUAGUAUGUAAGUAAAUGUACAUGCAAUGGCAUAAAGUAAUGUUUCAUUGUGAUUUUGGAAAUAUGAAUGCAUCUGCUGUAGCUACUAGAAUUACACAUUUACAUUUUGUAGAUUGCGGUUGGUCAUAAUCUUUAUUGAAAUGUGCAACAUGUUUGCUAUUCCAGCAAAUAUAUCUUAUGUUACUGUACAACUAAUUGUAGAUUCAUUUUGAAUGUGUCUGUGUCAUUGCCUUUGCUCCUUUCCCAGCUCCUGUUUAUUUAAAAUGGUUAUGUUUUUGAAUGUGUGUGGAGUGUGAGAUUAUAGCGCAUCUUGUCCUUACAUCACAUCCAUCUGCCCAAAUGACACUGCAU